GUCUGUCUCGUAAAUAAGACGUUACAACAGGUCUUCAACCUCCAUCGUGCAUUUCAUUCACACGCGGAAUAACAUUAUUUUUAAAGCCAAAUAUCUAAACUCACUGUUAUUUUUAACAGCACGUGUCGUCUUCGUGAUCCUAGCAGACACCUGCGGCGUCCUCAGUCAUUACAGGAACUUCUUUAAAAGUCAAAAUGACUUUGGCAGCUACAUGCAGCAGGUCAGUCAUAUCUUUCCAACGUACUGCUCUGUGUUCUGUGAGGAAAACAUCCCUGGUGCUUUUACAUAAAUACUCAGUUCCAGCUGACCAAGGAAAACCACCUUCAAAAAAAAUAUGGAGAAAAAGUCACAAGAAACCUCCCAAGGAUGACCAUCUGUCCUGGGAGGAAAGACUGGCUGAUGUGGUCACCCCUCUGUGGAGGCUGAGUUAUGAUGAGCAGCUUGAGCUCAAGCAAAAGCAUCAGGAGGAGAUACUGGCUCAGCUGUCAGGGCAUAUUUUAGGUGACGUCCAGCCACAUUCCUCAUCCCCUGUCAGACAUAAUCUCAAUGUCCCUAUCCUGCCUAUUCUGCCAUCGCCGGUUAGAGAUGGCUACCGCAACAAGUCUACAUUUUCUGUCAACAGAGGAGUUGAUGGAAAUCCAAAGACUGUUGGAUUUUACGUGGGCACAGGCAGACAAGGAAAUAUCGUCUGCGUGAAUGGAGACCACCUGCUCAACAUGCCGGAGAAGCACAAACUGGUAGCCAGAUGCUACCAGGACUUCCUUCGCCUCUCCUCACUGGAGCCCUGCCUGCUGUUCCACACCGGAGGUCACUGGAGAGAGGUCACGGUGAGGACCAAUAAAGAGGGCCACACCAUGGCUAUAGUGUACUUUCAUCCACAGACGCUCACCCCGGAAGAGGUGGCAGCUCAUAAGGCUGACCUGGUGGACUACUUCACACGUGGUCCUGGAUCGGUGUGCCAGCUGGACUCACUGUUCUUCCAGGAGAGCAGCAUGACUCGCUGCACCCACGAGGCAUCGCCUUACCAACUCUUGCAUGGCCGGCCACACAUAUACGAGGAGGUGCUGGACUUCAAGUUCCGCAUCUCUGCUGAUGCCUUUUUCCAGGUGAACCAGGCAGCUGCUCAGGUGCUGUAUGGCAAAGUGAGAGACUUGUGUGUCCCAAACACUGACCAAGGUGGAGGACAAACAAAGGUUGGUGGUACUCUACUAGAUGUGUGCUGUGGGACGGGUGCCAUCGGCAUCACUAUAUCACCCAGAGUGGACAGAGUAAUCGGUAUAGAGCUCAUAGAGCAGGCGGUGGAAGAUGCUACACACAACGCAGCUCUUAAUAAUGUCCUGAACUGUGAGUUUAUCGCUGGGAAGGCAGAGGUGGUGCUUCCUGGCCUUAUGUCUCAGCUGAGCUCCACAGGCGGAGGCCUUACAGCUGUGGUAAACCCUGCUCGAGCUGGCCUCCACUACAGAGUGGUCCGUGCUUUACGGAACCAACCAGCUAUCCGUAGGCUGGUUUAUGUUUCCUGUAAACCAGAUGGAGAGGCUAUGAGAAACUUCAAGGAGCUUUGCUGUGCUCCUAACCCGCAGAAGAAACUCACAGGAGAAGCAUUUUCUCCAACUCUGGUGGUACCUGUGGACAUGUUCCCACACACUCAUCACUGUGAACUGGUGCUACUUUUUGAGAGGUAGCAAAUCUGUUUUUGUGCAGAGGUGCGCUUCAUCUCUUCAGCAACAACUUUGCUAGAUGACAACAGAAAUGUUUGUAACCACCUACAAUCCUCUUCAUCCACACAUUUCUACUCACUGGCUAAAUAAGAGCUUCUUUCUUGGUGUGCAGGGCCUUUUGUUGUUGUUUUUCGCCGACAGAUUGUGCUACAAAAUGUGAACAGUAAAAUCUAGUGAGUCUAGAUGUUGAUUUGAUUCUGUAGUCAUUUUUACCGUACUACAAUUUACAAGCUCAGCUUUUGCUACAAGAUUUGAAUCUGGAAAUAACCACGACUUCUUGUCUUUUUUUCUUUUCUUGGAAGACAUUUUAAGUUUGACAGUAGAAACAGCUUUCAAUAAUAAAUAAAGGAAGGGUGAUUUAUAUUUACCCACAUGAUU